CAUUUGCCAAGUCAGGCUGUUGCUUUUAUAUUCUGAGCCUAAACGGCUUAAUUUGAAAAAAGAUAAAGAAGCUAAAAAGCAUGGACGAUCAUUCAUUCCUACAGUGGACAGACAGAACAUUUCCAACCCCAUUCUUCAUGACAAAGUAAUAUCUUUCCUUUUACAUUACAUGGAACAUAGCCAUCCUUCUUUUACUUUAUUUCCUUUUCUCUCUGCAACUUUAUCUUCAACACUUUUCCUUCUCUCCCGCUAACGUCUUAUAUUCCUAAGAUUUUUUGUAUGCAUUGUCUUUUAAACACCUCCAUUGUUUGAAUCACAAUAAAAAUACAUUUAGGUCUCUGCCUAAACCCAGGAAAACCUCUCGUUAAUUAUGAUGGCUAAAGGGGCUUCUAAUUGUCUCAUCUUAUCCCUUCUGUUUCUUCCUUUUAUCUGCACUUCUGGAACUCUGGUGGGUUUCUCCUAUCAUGCAAGGGGAAAAAGUGCAUCUUGUUCAGCUAGUAGAACCAUAUCAUUCCUCCUGAGAAACAAGGUGUCCCCAUUUCAGAUUCGACUCUUCGUAUCAGAUCAUACGGAUUUGAGUACUCUAUCCAACUCAUGUGUGUCUGUUGAUCUCCAUUUAAAUGAGAGUUUAGUUGAGAAUUUGAGAAGCUCCAACUCAUCUGCUAUUUCAUGGCUGAAAAACCACCUUCUUGCCGUUCUCCCACAUGUUGACAUCGAAAGCGUUGUUGUAACCAGAAUCAAUAAUGAUUUUGGAGGGCAAAAUGAGUUAGUUAAGCUUUUAUCCGCCUUGAAAUCAAUUCAUUCGCUCCUCAGUAGUUUUAAUCUUCACAAAGAAGUAAAGGUCUCGGCAGCAUUUUCAUUAUCAUUCUUACAAAAGAUGAAUAGUACGACAUACCAAAGUGAUCUGCAUAGGAUUUUUGGUUUUAUCAAGCAAACUGGGUCCUUUGUUAUUGUAGAAGCCAUUAUUAUUGAUGGAGAAUUGAGCAUGGGAGAUCAAUUUAUUCAGUCUGUGAUUGAAGCAGCCAGUCUUGGCGCUUCUACUCUUCCUUGCAAUAACGUUCCCAUUCUUCUGACAAUUAAAAGCCCUGCUGUUCCUAGCGCAGCUCAAGUAGCUGAAUUUACUGCUAAGGUUGAAAAUUCUUUAGAAAACAACAUCCAGAUUACACCUCGGAUAGCCGCAUUAUAUGCAGAAGUAUCAGCAACGGAAGAUUUUGUACAAAAGGAACUUGAGUGGGAAGAAGAGCAGAUCUUUCUUUCUUCUCGUAGAGAACUCCUUAGUAGCGUAAAAAAAAUAGCACAUGACAUUAUCAACCCUCCGCCAACAACCUUCCCUACUGCUCCCACUUCAACGACACCAGUCUCCUUCCCUCCAAAUAAUCCAACACCAACUGUUGUCACUGUCCCCCCUACUAAUCCUGUUACCCUAACGCCCACAAAUCCUGCGGACACACCAACGCCAAUUCCCACCACCACACCGGUCACAGUACCCUCCACCAAUCCCAACAAUCCGGCGGUACCAAUCACCAAUCCGGUUACAACACCUGCACCCAUAAUAGUGCCAGGGGCAGGGCCACAGCCAGUGACUAACCCUGUAACAACGUAUCCCGCCCCAGCAGGAGGUGUUCCAGUCAGCACACCAGUAACAAAUCCAGCAGCCCCUCCUGCAACUACAAAUGCUCCUGCAAUUCCUGGACAGAGCUGGUGUGUAGCCAGGACUGGAGCGUUGGAGACUUCACUUCAGUCAGCGUUGGAUUAUGCUUGUGGAAUUGGAGGAGCUGACUGCUCACAGAUCCAGCAAGGUGCCAAUUGUUACAGCCCAAAUACUUUACAAAACCAUGCAUCCUUUGCUUUCAACAGCUAUUAUCAGAAAAACCCAGGGCCAACUAGCUGUGACUUUGGGGGGACAGCGACCAUAGUCAACACCAAUCCAAGUAGUGGAUCUUGCAUUUACCCAUCUUCUGCAUCACAAUCAACUUCAACUGCAACACCAGCAACAACAGCACCAACAUCAGGGGCUGGCAUACCAGGCUCCAUCACCCCACCUUCAGUGUUGAAUUCAAGUAACCCUGGCUCAGCUACCACAACUGUUUUUGGGUCGGACACACCUCCCAGUGUCAAUACAUCAACAUCCAUGUCAGCUGGUUUACAACCUUUUAUUAGCAGCAUCAUUCUGGUGACAUCCCUUGUUGCUGGAGUAAUCUUCCUAGAGCCAUGUAUAUAAACAGGUCAGAAGUUCAUGCUAAAUCCUCUUUCAAGUAGUUCCACAGUGAGUGAUCAUAGCAGUCAGCUCCUGUUGAAUAUGUUCGCCGCCCUGCAUAAUCUGCUCAAGAUGUAGAGAUGUUUCUUGCUCUUGGUAAAAAAUAGUUUUUACAUGAAACAUACAAGAUAUUAAGUUUGACGUUUAGAUAGUUUCAGAAAAAAAAAAAAAGUUCGUUUGGAUGGUUUUUAGAGAGAUCACAGUUGCAGGCAUGGGUUGGGGUUGUAGAGUAGGUACUGAUGAUCUUGUAUAUGUUUGUUAUCAACUAGUGGAAUUUGUGGGUUUGAGAUGGAUGCUUGAUCAAAUCAUCGGAGAUUACUGAUGGGUUUGCACCAAGAGAGAAAUGGUUAACGCUAGAAUUCUUGAAUAACUAGACUUCGUUUGGAUAGAAUGGAAAGCAUUUCCAAGGUAUUGGACUGGCAAUAAAGUAAAAAAAAAAAAACAUAUACUUAAAACACCAGAUUGCAUUAGUAGCUAAAAUAGUAUGGUACCCAUUAGCCAUAAACCAUAUUGAGUGCAAACAAAGCCAUUCAAUAUUUAUGAGACAUAUAUAUAUUCACUAAUUUACUAAAAUCUUGAUCUUAAUUUUUAUAGUAAAUCUGAAAUUCAUCUCUCUGCAACAAAUGAAACACACCAGCGAUUUUUUAUUUCCCAAAAAGAGCAGCAUGCCAAAGGUCCGAACUCAUAAAGCUUUAGCUUACAGAGGGGCAAAAUCAAGAAUAUUAUUACAUGCUAUCUCACCUCAGCAAAAUCAUCAAUCAAUCAAUUCUUUUUUCUGUUCUUAUUUUUGGAUCAAACACAACCGAUUUUCUUGAUGAAUCAAUUUACUAGGACCAUACAAAGUCAAAAAGCUUCUUGCCUAGAAGUCAAAAACACUAUAGCAAGCAAACGCAAUUGCAGCAUUGAAAAAAAAUGGCUUCAAAUUAAAGACAAAAUAUUGUUGUUUUAUAUAAAACAUAGUCCUAACGACUACAUUUUUGGAGCCCACGGCAUCGGAUUCCAAUUGUACUGGCAACCCCUAAAAUAUUUAUUCAACAGUGGAGUCCCGAGCCCAUCAUUAUCAUACCAAACCUUUUUGACUUCAAUACAAAUCCAGAUCACAUUCAUAACAGAUAUAAUUGCAUGUUUAUUUUAUUCACGUAAAUACCAGGAGAUUUUUCUAGUUCCGUGCGAGAUUCAAGGAGUGAUGUUCUUCAUAUCA